GCUCAUUUUCAUUUUUCCCUUUUCUUCCCUAUAAUCUCGCUUCUUCUGAUCCACCAUUUCCUCUCCCCGUUUCUUGCUCUUUACGGAUUUUGCUUUCACAUCACUUUCCUUUUUCCUGUUCUUGUACUGGACGUGUAUCGUAUUUUCGCCAAUCACGCCUUUGAUUUCAUCUCUUCUGUUAUAAUUAGGAUUUUUUUGUGUGUGUUUUGAUUUAAUUUGAGAGUUGAGGAUACUAGGAUACUAGGAUACUAGAACAUUGCUCUCUGGAGAUUCUGAUACUCGAUUGACUUGAUGUCAUCUGAUUUCAAGUUGGAAAUCGAUGGUGAGGAACCGCUUGUGAGCAUCAGAAAUGGAAAUGUUGAGCAGAAUGAAAGGGGUGGGACAGUACAUAGACUUCUCAGCGGUAUUCGAAAUCAAGGAAGCAAGUCGAUUAGCAAUUUCUUAACGAAUGCGCAGCGCAGGGCCUUGGGUGAUAGGUUUUUCAGAGGGAAUCAAACUGUCAAUAAUGGUUUGCUUGAUGGAGAUGAAACACGUGAACAUGGAUUAGGAAGGAAAACGGGCCCUAUUUUAUCCGGGACUGCGUAUUGCAUUUCUUCUUGCAGCAUGAUUAUACUGAAUAAAGUUGUUCUCUCUGGUUACAAUUUCAAUGCAGGAAUAUCGUUGAUGUUUUAUCAAAAUUUGAUUAGUUCUAUAGUUAUUAUUCUAUUGGGCCUCUGCAGAACAGUUUCAAUUGAAAAGCUUAAUUGGAAGCUGAUUAGGCUGUGGAUUCCAGUCAACUUAAUCUUUAUCGGAAUGCUGGUAUCUGGCAUGUAUAGUUUGAAAUAUAUAAAUAUUGCAAUGGUGACAAUUUUGAAGAAUGUGACAAACAUAUUGACUGCCAUUGGAGAAGUUUACAUUUUCCGGAAACGGCAGAACCAAAAAGUUUGGACUGCUAUGUUCUUAAUGAUCAUCUCUGCCAUCAGCGGUGGUGUAACAGAUCUUACAUUUGAUACAUUAGGCUAUGGAUGGCAGAUCACAAACUGUGUUCUCACAGCAAGCUACUCACUUACACUGAGACGUAUCAUGGACGAAGCAAAGAAAUUAACAAGAUCUGGAUCUCUUAAUGAAGCUUCCAUGGUGUUGCUAAAUAAUUUAUUAUCUCUGCCAUUUGGUGUAGUUUUGAUCAUCUUAUUUGGCGAAUGGGCUUAUGUUAUGAAUGCGGAUGUAAUAAAAUUGCCAACGUUUUGGGUUAUCGCCACUGCUAGCGGAUUACUUGGACUCGCUAUUAGUUUCACCUCUAUGUGGUUCUUACAUCAAACUGGCCCCACCACCUACAGCCUUGUAGGUUCCUUGAACAAGAUUCCAAUAUCAAUUGCUGGCAUUCUUUUGUUUAAAGUUCCACUGAGUCCACCAAACCUGUUCAGUAUAUUAUUUGGUUUAUUUGCUGGGGUGUUCUUCGCCAGGGCCAAAAUGUCUUCAAAGCCAGGCACGUAAUUUUCUUUUGAUUAAAGUUAAUUGAUUUGCAAAAGAGUUCUGAGUUCUGAGUUUUGAGUUUGGAAUUAUUAAGUAACUAUUAUUAUUGCUAAAAAGGACAUUAAUUUCAGUGAAUUGUCUGUAUUCUGCUGAAGAAUAAUUGUAAAUUAUUGAGGGAAACGAAAAGAAAAGAAAGUAAAUCAAUUUUCUAUUUACCUUUUUCGUUUUUAUCACAAUUUAUUCCAAAGCAUUGAUGGCUAAAAGAAAAGAAAAACGGUUACCUUUGACCUUUAA